AUGGCCGACAUAUCAUUCGACUACUUUGAUCAUUCUCAGAACAAACAGCACCUCGGUGUUUCUUCCUUCUACGACCCUGCCGACUUCAGUGGUGACUCAGCUCAUUCUCCCGACUCACCUCUCUCCCCCGUCUUUGCCAACCCAUACCAACUCCCCGUAUCCAACGAUUGGAUAGGCUGGGACGACAAGGCCGCGCUAUCACCUGAUCUCGACAUCCUCCCCAAGCAAGAACCUUUUGACGGCCUCAACCUCUCCACUAUCCCAUCACGAAACAGUAUGGAGCUCAGCCCAGUCGUCAACCCACACGACCUUUCUGGCACCAUCAAUGAUGCCGUGUCCUUUGGCAGAGAUGGCCUGAACGACAUUGAUACUCAGCCUCUCUUCCAGACUCCUAUUCCUUCCAUCUCUUCUCAGCCUCCUCAUCUUCAGUCCAUGAUGCACUCCAACUCCAACCCUUCUCAGAUGUCUUCCUCUCUCGGCAGCAUGACCUCCAAGGACGCUGGUCGAUAUCCUUCGCGCAAGCGCAAGUCUUCGGGCUCCGGAAGCUCUUCUUCACACUCUUCCGUGUCGCCACCUCCCGCGACACGCCGCCACUGCUCUCCCCCCAAGAAGACCGCGCACAACAUGAUCGAGAAGCGCUACCGCACCAACCUCAACGACAAGAUCGCCGCUCUCCGAGAUUCGGUCCCUGCGCUUCGCGUCAUGGUCCACCGACUCGAGCAACCCUGCGUCGAGAACAUGGAAGAGGAGGGCGACGAGGAUCUCGGCGGACUUGCCCCAGCCCACAAGCUCAACAAGGCCACCAUCCUCAGCAAAGCCACCGAGUACAUCGCUCACCUCGAGAAGAAGAACCAGAGCCUCGCCCGUGAGAACAGCCAGCUCCGAAACCGUGUCGAGGGCUUCGAGAUGGUCAUGAUGAGAGAUCAGGGGCCCCCAGCUGGCGUCUGGGCAUAG